ACAAAGACGGGAGGGAGACGGAGAGACACCGGGGAGAGCAGGCCAGAGUGGGGGGACAGAGUGCGGACAUCCUGAAAGACAGACAGACAGACAGCGGCCACAGUGGGAGGGGUGUGGGGACAGGAGCGGGCGGCCGGGGACCGACAGACAGGCGGGGAGACCCACCCCGAGACCCGGGAGCUAGCACAGGGGCAAGACAGGGACAGGGAGGUGUGGAGAGAGGGGACCACACAGGCAGGGAAGCCUCUGGACUCGGACGCGGAGGGGCACGGAGGCAGGCCCUUCACAUGAGCUCCAGGCCUUGGCUCUGCUCAGGGGUGCCGCGGAGCUCAGUGGGCGCGCUGCUUUUGGGGGGCCCAGACCAGGGGCGCUUGCCCGAGGGCCAGCUGACGCCAGGUCACCCUGAGAUGGAGCUCAGGCACCCCGAGAACCAGGAGGAUGGGGGCCCGGAGGAGGACACAGCCACGGCCCUCCAGAGGCUCGUGGAGCUGACGGCCACCAGGGUGACCCCAGUGAGGAAUCUGCGUGUCCAGUAUCACCUCAUCCGAAAGCUUGGCUCCGGCUCCUACGGCCACGUGCUCCUUGCCCGGCCUCGCCAAGGGGGUCCGGCUGUGGCUCUGAAGCUCCUACCUCGGGACUCGGUCCUGAGAGCCACCUUCCUGAGAGAGUUCUGCGUGGGCCGCUGUGUCUCCUCACAUCCAGGCCUGCUCCAGACCCUGGCAGGACCCCUGGAGAGCCCCCGACACUUCGCCUUCGCCCAGGAGUACGCGCCCUGUGGCGAUCUCAGCGGGAUGCUGCAGGAACGGGGCCUCCCAGAGAUGCAGGUGAAGCGGGUGGUGGCCCAGCUAGCUGGAGCCCUGGACUUCCUCCACGGCCGGGGGCUGGUCCACGCGGACGUCAAGCCAGACAACGUGCUGGUCUUUGACCCUGUGUGCAGCCGUGUGGCCCUGGGUGACCUGGGUCUGACCCGGCCUGAGGGAAGUCCAACCUCUGCCCCGCCAGGGCCACUGCCCUCAGCCCCGCCCGAGCUCUGCCUCCUGCUGCCCCCGGAUACCCUGCCCCUGCGACCUGCAAUGGACUCCUGGGGGCUGGGGGUGCUUCUCUUCUGUGCGGCCAUUGCCUGUUUCCCUUGGGGCGUGGCGCUAGCCCCUGACCCUGACUUCGAGGCCUUUGCCGGCUGGAUGACCACCAGGCCGCAGCCACUUCACCCACCGCCCCCGUGGGACCAGUUUGCGUCCCCGGCUCUGGCACUGCUCCAGGGGCUUCUGGACCUGGAUCACGAGACUAGGAGCCCCCCACUGGCUGUCCUGGACUUCCUGGGGGAUGAUUGGGGGUUAAAGGAGAACAAAGAGAGACCUGGGGGCUUGGGGAGUAUGUCCAGUGAAGAUGGGGAGGAGGAGGAAGAGGGGGAAGCAAGCCUGGAAGAGUGGUCAGAGGAGGAGGAGAGGGACGACACAGACGCCGGGAGGGGGGGACAGACGGGGGGAGCCCUGACCAGGUGA